AUGACUAAGCCUAAUAUCUUAGUUGCUCCACGUCUCCCCUUUGUGCCCCUCGACCCUGUGGCUUGUACCUGGCCAAAUAGUCAAAGGGAGAAAAAGAUUCCAACGGGGACCCAUUACUCCCCGUCGCACCCCAGCGCUGAUCCCCGUUUCAACUUCCACGAUCGUUUCGUCGCCCGUUCCGCCGGUACAAUGACCGAUAAGAAGAACGAGGACUACGUCGUCCGUAUGGGCGACGAUAAUUACGACAAGAAUGAGAAGCCUAGCUUUCAGGCUCGGUCACCGCCUCCUAUGGCGUAUGGCUCGAGUCAGAUCCAUGGUCUCGAACAGCUGGAGAAGAGUCCUCCUCUGUCUAUCGCGGCGUACUGCCUGUCCUCGAUCAGCAUGACCGUUGUGAACAAGUAUGUUGUUUCGGGCAGUUUCUGGAACCUCAACUUUUUCUACUUGACUGUUCAGGCUAUUGUUUGUAUAGGCACGAUUACUUUGUGCAAGCAGCUGGGUCUGAUCAAGGUUCUCGCUCCUUUUGAUGCUGACCGAGCAAGGAAAUGGUUCCCCAUCUCUCUUCUCCUCGUCGGCAUGAUUUAUACCAGCACCAAGUCGCUCCAGUUCCUCUCGGUACCCGUUUAUACGAUCUUCAAGAACCUGACAAUUAUCGUGAUCGCAUAUGGAGAGGUGCUUUGGUUUGGUGGUAGCGUUACCCCUCUGGCCCUACUUUCGUUUGGUCUUAUGGUCCUGAGCUCAAUCGUUGCCGCUUGGGCUGAUAUUCAAAGUGCCAUCAACGGCGAUUUUGGUACUGGUGACUCUGCUGCCGCUGUGUCUACGCUUAACGCUGGUUACGCUUGGAUGGGCAUGAAUGUGUUCUGCAGUGCGGCCUACGUGCUCGGUAUGCGCAAGGUUAUCAAGAAGAUGAACUUUAAGGACUGGGACACCAUGUACUACAACAAUCUUCUCACGAUCCCUGUUCUUGUCAUCUGCUCUCUCCUGACAGAGGAUUGGUCUGCCUACAAUUUCUCUCGCAACUUUCCUGACGAUACUCGCAACAAGAUCAUCAUCGGUAUGAUCUACUCUGGCCUUGCUGCUAUCUUUAUCUCUUACUGCUCUGCCUGGUGCAUUCGCAUUACCUCAUCGACGACAUAUUCUAUGGUUGGCGCCUUGAAUAAGCUUCCUAUCGCAAUUAGCGGUCUGGUCUUCUUCUCGGCUCCAGUCACUUUCGGCAGCGUGUCUGCCAUUUUCAUCGGUUUCAUCAGUGGUCUUGUUUAUGCUUGGUCCCGUGUACGACAGUCGAUGUCGUCCGGCCCUUCUUUACCUACUGUUGCACCUCCAAUGAGUGCCAGCGCCAAGAGCAAUCGCGAUGCAAACUCGUAG